AUGGCACCCCGCGGUCGCGGAAAGUUCUCCAAACCCAGCAGAGGAGGGGGCAAGCAUUUCAGUCGCGAUGUUCAACCGGUAGACAAGGACGGAAACCCCGUUGGUCUAUGGCGGGAGCCAGGCGACGACAUUCCCUCAUCAGUCGAAGAGGAUGAAUCAGAAGAAGCCUCCGAUUCCGAGGAGGAGUCGUCUGACGAGGACAACGCACAAGCCGGGCCCAGUGCCGCCGCCGAAUCAUCAGCAGGACCAGCAGCAAUGACUCGCGAGGAACGACGCGCCGCAGCCAAGGCGAAGAAGCUAGCCGCGAUCGCGCGACGGAACAACGUCGCCGCGCAACCGGGCGACCUGCCUCCCUCGGACUCGGAGGAAGAUGAGAGCGACGACGGCGACGACGGCGACGACGAGGACCUCCCCGCCAACCCGAACCACACCGCCAAGUCCCGUUCACAACUCCACAAGGAUCCCGCGGCAGAGCCGGAGAAGGCCCCUGCCGGCGAUCUGUCACAGCUCUCCCGGCGGGAACGCGAGGCCAUUGAGGCGCAGCAGGCCCGGGAGCGGUACAUGAAACUACACGCCGAGGGCAAGACGGAGGAGGCGCGGGCGGACCUGGCCCGUCUGGCCCUCAUCCGGGAGCAGCGCGAGGCCGAACGGCUGCGCAAGGAGGCUGAGAAGGAAGAGAGAGCAGCGCUGGCGCGGGAGAAGGCGGCGGCGCGCGAGCGGGAGAUGAAGCGCCGCGAGGAGACCAAGGGUAAGAAGAAGGGAGGCCCGAAGAAGAAUUAA